AUGGCUCGAAGAGUGGUUCGAAGAAUCCACAAUGCCCCAGCUGCCCCAAAGGCAACUACCUAUGCUGGGAGUUCGACCUGUUCUAAGGGAGCUACCGAUAGUGGUAGUCCAACUUCUAUGCAGGGGAAUGCCAGUAGCGGGAGUACUUCUCCCGUAUCCCCUCCACAUCCAUUAUGGAAGGCUGCGCCUGAGUGGACACAUGUUUACAAUGUCAUGCCUGCCAUGGCAACUAACGCUGAGUCCGUGGAAGAGCAAUUAGCUAGAAUUCCUAAGACUCUUGAAGAAAUGACUACACUCCUUCAAAACCAAGAUAAACGGAUCAACACCCUUGAUGAUAGGGUAGGGAGCAUCAUGGAGGGACAAGGAAGUCGUGCUCCAGGGAAGCAGCCCGGGGGGCAAGAAGAGGUUGUUCAGCAAUCACAACCUCAUGUCAGGGGGCAAGAAGAGGUUGUUCAGCAAUCACAACCUCAUGUCAGCCCUGCAGUGGAGGUUGUUCAGCAAUCACAACCUCAUGUCAGCCCUGCAGUGGGAGAAACUCAGCAAUCACAACCUCAUGUCAGCCCUGCAGUGGGAGAAACUACUUCUCACUUGCCUGCAACUGAGAAAACUAUACCAAUCACCGAAGGCAUGAUACUGGUGGAUCAAUUGAACGACUACAUAAUGGGGGCAAUCAAAGGCAAGUUGGAUGGAGGUCAAUCCUCAUAUUCCUAUGCUAAGCCCUACACACAAAGGAUUGAGGAGUUGAAAAUGCCUUUUGGUUAUCAACCUCCUAAGUUCCAGCAGUUUGAUGGCAAGGGAAACCCCCGGCAGCACAUUGCCCACUUUGUGGAAACAUGCAAUGAUGCAGGGACUGAUGGCGAUCUGUUGGUAAAGCAGUUUGUCCGUUCCUUAAAGGGAACUGCUUUUGAUUGGUACACUGAUCUUGAGUCCGGCUGCAUCGAUAGUUGGCACGAUAUGGAGCGUGAGUUCUUAACCCGCUUCUAUAGUACAAGGAGAACCGUAAGCUUCUUGGAACUCACCACCACUAUCCAGUGGAAAGGCGAACGUGCCAGUGCUUACAUUGAAAGGUGGAGGGAAUUGUGCCUAAACUGCAAGGAAAAUAUAUCUCAAACUUCUGCUAUAGAGAUGUGCAUCCAAGGCAUGCACUUCCAACUCUCCUAUAUCCUGCAAGGGAUCAAGCCAAAGUCCUUUGAGGAGCUAUCUAGUCGUGCUCACGACAUGGAGCUGAGCAUCGAAGCCAGGGGAGGGCUCGACGUAUUGAACAUGCCUAACUCCUCCAAAGCUCCUGCAAAGCAAGAAUUCAAGAGAGGAAAUAAACCCUUUCCGAAACAGGAAAAGAAGGAGGCAAUGACUGUGAAGGCUACACCAAUGACAGUCUUCACUAAAGCAAAUGAAAGGCCUAGGUCGAGACCAUCUGCUGGCUCGUCAAGGGGAGGUAGGAGGCCAACUCUUGUAGAAAGACAGGAGAAAACAUAUCCUUUUUUGGAUUCUGAUGUAUCUCCCAUGUUCGAUGAGCUACUCAAACUUAGGCUCAUUGAAUUACCUGAGAUGAGACGCCCUGAUGAGGCUUCAAGGGUGAAUGACCCAAAUUACUGCAAGUAUCACCGCCUUCUGGGUCAUUCGAUUGAACAGUGUUUCAUCUUCAAGAAUAAAGUUAUGGCAUUGGCCAGAGACGGGAAAAUUGAGCUUGCUGAUGCCGGCACAAGCACGAAUCAGAUCUCAAUUACACUUGGACGAUUUGCUCCUUUGUGUACUGAGAAGGAACAUGGGGGGCAACGAAAGCAUCCACUCCCAUUCACGGUUAAACAUGUUGCUGGUCAAAGUUCAAAACCAUAG